CGGCGCCGCGCCUACAAAUAGCGGCACGGAGUGCUCGUGCCCCAUUGCAGCUGCGGCAGUCCAGAGCACGAGAGGCCGAGCCACGCCAGCGAGUAGCUACGCGGAGCGCAUGGACGGGCAGGGGAAGGAGGGCGGCAGCGGCGGCGGGGGAGCGGGGAGCGAGUGCGACGUGGUGGGCAGGGCCUUCGUGGAGUACUACUACCAGACGUUCGACGCCAACCGCGGCGCGCUAGCCACGCUCUACGGCGGCACCUCCGUCCUCUCCUUCGAGGGCCACCGCGUCGCCGGCGCCGCGGAGAUCGGCCUGAAGCUGGCGCAGCUGCCCUUCGAGCAAUGCCGGCACUCCAUCUGCACCAUCGACUGCCAGCCCACGCCCUCCUUCCCCGGCGGCAUCCUCGUGUUCGUCAGCGGCAACCUCCAGCUCGCCGGCGAGGAGCACCAGCUCAGGUUCAGCCAGAUGUUUCAGCUGGUCCCCAACGAGCAGGGAAGCUUCUUCGUGCAGAAUGACAUAUUCCGGCUCAACUACGGAUAGCAGACUAGCAGAGCAGGGUCGCGUGGGGUUGCCGAAAGGAUGUGGAUGCUCGGAUGCUUUGGCCCCGUGGAUGGACGCCCUCGCUUUUUCGUUCUCAUUCUUUUCUUUACAUUACGUUCAUGUAGCAGCAUCCUGAAUAAUAAAAUUGGUGGUGGCCGUGGUGUACGUGGAACUGAAUUUUGCAACUUUCCACUCCCUUGUCAGAAGAAAAUGACUGCGCUAAACUUGGGCAAAUUUUCAUGUGCAAUCAGAUUACUGCCCCUGCAUUUUUUUAUGAAAAUAAUGUUUGUACUCCCUAUCUAACUUAAUGUAAGAUGUUUUAGUAGUUA